AUGGCCUUCACAUUUGGAUUUACCAAUGAUGACUUAAGUGAUGACGACUUAGAGAGCAAUACUGUUACAAAUGACUCAAAUUUACAAUCAAAACCCACAACAACUUACAAACUAGAUACAUAUGAAGUAAAAUCAGAACAUUUACCAAAAUUACAUGAUAUGAAUACAUUACUAAAAUCAUUAGAAGGUAUACGAAUCACUUUUGAUAAUUAUACAACACCAAAUCAGAAUAUAAUAUACAGAAGAGAAUUAUUUGAUGUAAAGCAUCAAAUUAUGAUUGAAGAUUGUGAUGAAAAAAUAAAUUCAAAUUUGGUUGUUAAAGAUGAAUUGAAAAAUAUAAUAAUAGAUAAGAAUGAUUCUGAUGUACAAAAUAAUGUUUAUGAAGGUGGAUUUAAGAGUUGGGAAUGUUCUUAUGAUACAAUUGAUGAGAUUAAUGAAUUAAUUAAUGAAUACAAUAAUGGGAAUAAUGAUGUACUUAAUAUUUUUAAUAGUUCAAUUUUAGAUUUUGGUUGUGGAACUGCAUUACCUUCAAGUUAUAUACUAAUGAAAAAAUUUGAAUUUAAAAAUACAAAACCAAUGAAAUUAAUACUAUCGGAUUUUAAUCAUGACGUGUUGAGAUUAGUUACAUUACCGAACUUAAUAAUAAAUUGGGCUUCAACUUUAAGUAUACAAGAUUUACAUAGUCUAACAACUGAUGAAAUAAAUACAAGAUUUGAAAAUAAUGAAGUUUUUGUAACUAAGAAAUUGAUUGAUGAAUUUAUAAAACAGUUGAAUGAAUAUUAUAUAGAAAUCAAAUUCAUUUCAGGAUCAUGGGGUAAAGAAUUUAAUACAUUAGUUUCACGAUUUAAUAUAAAUUUCAUGAUAAGUUCAGAAACUAUUUAUUCACCAAUUACUUUACCAAUAGUGGCAGAAUCAAUUAAGAUAAUACUAAGUGAAUCAAAUCCUGAUGAUAAAUCGAGUAUGUGUUUAUUGGCUGCAAAAAAUAUUUAUUUUGGAGUUGGUGGUUCUAUAAUUGAAUUUUUAAAUCAUUUUAAAUCUAUAAUUGAUUCAAAUUUUAAAAUUGAAGUUAAAGAAAUAAAUGAUUCUCAGCUAAAGAGAUCUUUACUUUUAAUUCAAUACAAUAAGUAG